AAUAAUAUGGCUUCCUGUGUCACAGACUGCGUCUCGAGACGCUUAAGCAAUUUAUUUGAGCAAUUUGGGGGUUGUGUGGGCAGCAACCCCUUACCGUUUUUCAUAAUUCCUCUAUUUCUCUCCGCUUGUUUAGGAGGGGGAUUCUAUUUUCUAGAAGACAGAGAGGCGAAUGACAUCGAGGAUCAAUUUACCCCGGUGAACGGACCUGCCAAGUACGAAAGACGUUUUGUCAUGGAAAACUUUCCUUACAGCAAUAAUUCAAUGUUUUCAAGUCAGAGGCUCUACACCGAAGGAACAUAUGCAUCUUUCAUAGCAAAAAAUAAACGUAAUGUACUGACAAAUGAGGUUUUUAAAGAAAUAAUCACUUUGGACGAAACUAUUCGCAACGUACGCGUGAAAGCCGACCAGGAGACAAUAAACUUUUCUAACAUUUGCGCCAAGUCGAAUGAUAUGUGCGUCUCCAAUGCGAUAUUAGAAAUUAUUGAUUACAACAACGAAAUGGUGCCGCAAACCAAAAUUACAUUUCCAACGUAUAGGAACGGAUCAGAAGUAUAUUUUCUGGGCUCUGAAGUCGGUGGAGUGACUCUGAGUGAAGAUAAUGUUGUCGAAAAUGCUAAGGCAAUAAGACUAUAUUACUAUUUAUGGGAAGAUGAGGCCUAUCGACAAAAAGUCAAUUUAUGGCUGGACGAAUUCGUGAAAAUUGUAUCAAAUUACACAACUGCAAAUUCCUUUGAGGUGUCUUAUUUCACUUCUCGAUCACGGCAGGAGGAGCUUGAGGCAAAUACAAAAGAAGUGAUCCCUUUAUUUUCAGUGACAUACUUCCUUGUGAUCACUUUCUCAAUCGUAUCUUGCUUGAGGUUGGAUCAUGUAUGGAACAAGGUGUGGGUGGCGACCUUUGGGGUCCUCUCUGCUGGUCUGGCAGUACUGUCCAGUUUUGGGCUGCUGCUGUACAGUGGUGUGCCCUUUGCCAUGACUGUAGCCACUGCUCCUUUCCUGAUACUUGGGAUUGGUGUUGAUGACAUGUUCAUCAUGAUUUCCGCCUGGCAGCAGACCAACAUUUGCGACCCUGUUCAUCAGCGUCUGGCAGACACAUACAAAGAGGCUGCCAUGUCUAUCACCAUCACCACCCUGACAAAUCUCUUGGCUUUCUACAUUGGUCUCAUGACACAGUUCCGCUCCGUGCAGUCUUUCUGUCUGUACACUGGAACAGCUAUCCUGUUCUGUUACAUCUACAAUGUGACAUUCUUUGGGGCUUUCAUGGCACUGGAUGGACAGAGAGAAGAAAAAGAAUUGCACUGGUUGACGUGCAAAAAGGUUGAAUUCAAAAACUCCAUAGGAAGAUAUAAAUGCAGUAGCAAAUACUGUAGAGAAUUACAUGUUGAAACAGAAAGUACAAACAAAAAGAAGAAAGUACAUUUAAUCAAUGACUUUUUUAGGGAUUUCUAUGGGCCUUUCUUAACAAAAUUAGGGAGCAAAGCUUUUCUGACUCUACUUUAUGCUACUUACCUGGCUGGCAGCAUUUACAAUUGCACCCAGAUAAAAGAGGGUAUAGACCUCAGAAACCUGGCCCCAGACACUUCCUAUGUUGUUAAGUAUUACAGUGAUGAGGAUUUGUACUUCAGUACAUAUGGUCCAAGUGUUAUGGUGAUUUUAGAUGGUGAAUUUCAGUAUUGGAACAAAACAGAACGAGCCACUCUUAACUCAAGCUUGGAAAUAUUUCAAAGUCUACCAUUUAUUGACAAAAGCUUAUUUGUGUCUUGGCUGGAUAUUUAUGAAAAUUAUGCAAAAAACAGAUUUCAUAUAAAUAAUGAAACUGAAUUUAAAUCACAUUUACCUGGAUUUUUAGAAAAAAAUUAUUUCAAGCAAGAUGUUAACUUCACCAAUGGCAACAUUUAUGCCUCCCGUUUUUUUAUCCAGACUGUAAACAUAACUGAUGGUGAUAAAGAAAAGAACAUGUUGACUAAACUAAGAGAGGUUGCUGUAAAUUGUUCUGAUAAGAAUAAGAAUUAUUAUUUCAUGGUUUAUCACCCUGCAUUCAUCUACUUUGACCAGUAUGUUGUCAUAGUUAAUAAUACUAUUCAGAAUAUUCUAGUGGCCACAGCAGCCAUGUUGGUCAUCUCCCUCUUGCUGAUUCCAAAUAUUAUCUGCUCUCUGUGGGUGACCUUUGCCAUUGCCUCUGUCAUUAUUGGUGUUGUUGGCUUCAUGACCUUAUGGGAUGUUAAUCUUGAUUCCAUAUCCAUGAUCAAUCUGGUCAUCUGCAUUGGGUUUUCUGUGGAUUUCUCUGCGCACAUUGCUUAUGCCUUUAUCUCAAGCAGAGAAGUUAAACCCGAUAAGAAGGCUGUCGAUGCACUCCACAAACUAGGCUAUCCCAUAGUCCAGGGGGCUGUUUCAACCAUACUGGGGUUGGUGGCGCUGUCCACAUCUCCGAGCUACAUCUUCAGAACCUUCUUCAAAAUCCUGUUCCUAGUCAUCCUGUUUGGGGCAGCACAUGGAAUUGCUUUCAUUCCAGUUUUUCUUACUUUCUUUUUCUGCGACUCCUCUGCCAAAGUCAACAAUGAAAAUGAGGAAAGUGAUGCUGGCACUUAA